UUAUUAAACCACGCGCGUGCGCGGCGCGUCACGGGGUGCAGAAGUCUGGCGGCAGCGCGGGUUGCUUGUGCGUCAAACCAACAGUCUCCGCAGCGAUGGCGUACCCCAUGGUCUCCCCUCCUUCUCCUCCUCCUCCUCCCGUGAUCGCCCCCAUCGUCGUGCAGCCCCCGGCGGUCACCCAGGGCUGGAGCACGGGACUGUGUGAGACAUGCAGCGACCUGGGCAUCUGUGCCUGCGGGAUGUUCUGUCUGUGCUGUCUCUCUGCGCAGGUGGCAGAGGGUUUUGGGGAGUGCUUUGUGAUUGGCUGGCUGCCCUGCUCUCACUGCGCUCUGCGCACCGGAAUGAGGGAGCGCUACUCCAUCCCGGGCUCCAUGAUCAAUGAUUACUGUGUCGUGUGGUGCUGUCUGCCCUGCGCCAUGUGUCAGAUGAGACGCGAGAUUAAAAUCAGAACCACCCAGGCCAUCCGGUGA